AUACCGGGGCCGGAUGGACCCCCCGGACCGCCAGGACGUCCUGGACAACCAGGCAAACGCGGCCCACCUGGUUCCGAUGGUGACCCAGGUGAGCGCGGCCCAGAAGGUGAUCAAGGCGAACAAGGAAUGGAAGGGCAGAGAGGUAUGGACGGGCCUCCCGGAAAGGACUGCUUCACUGGUAGAGGACCUCCUGGCCCUAGAGGUAGACCUGGUCUUCGUGGAAAGCCUGGUCCGGCGGGAACACCUGGGAUGAAUGGAGAACCUGGUGAAAUGGGACCGGAAGGACCACCUGGACGGGAAGGAUUAGAUGGAGCAGCAGGGUUCCCCGGUGAAAAUGGGAUGCCUGGACCUGCUGGGAAAGCUGGUGAUGACGGUGGCUAUUGUGAAUGUCCGCCGAGAGGUAAUGUGCAGUUCGCCUCAAGAGAAGAAGAAGAAAGGAAAAAGUAA